AUGCCAUUUGGACUUACGAAUGCCCCAGCCAUGUUCCAGGCCUCAAUGCAUGAAGUUUUUGGGCCUUGUUUAAGAGAAGCCCAAGUAAAGUACUUGGGCCAUAUUAUCUCUGGAAAGGGUGUGAGCACAGAUCCAGCUAAGGUCGCGACGAUGCUGAAUUGGCCUUAUCCCACAAUAGUCAAGGAAUUACGCGGGUUCCUUGGGCUUACGAGAUAUUAUAGAAGGUUCAUUGAAAGGUUUGAAAUCAUAAGCAAACCCUUAACUAACCUUCUUAAAAAGGGUGGAUUUUACUGGAAUGAGCAAGCAGCAGCUGCAUUCGAUGAGCUCAAGAAUGCCGUGGUUCGAGCCUUAGUAUUAGCUCUACCGGAUUUUUCAAUUCCCUUUGUUGUGGAGUAG